GAAACAACAAUAAAACAUAAAUCGAAUUAAUGUCUUUGCUAGAGGAUAUAUUCUUACAAGAUGAGGCGGACGAAGCACAAGAACUAGAAAGAGUAAUAGAAGGCGACGAGUACGAUGAAAGACCUCGAUCUCGAGCAGUUACACCAAAUAGCGAUGACAAUGAACCAAAAGACGAUGAAGCAGAGGAGGACAAAAGGCGAGUGGAUCCCACUUCAACAAAAGCAAAGCGAGUUACUAAGAAUCCAAGGUUCAUAUUGAACCCUGCUCGACUGACAGGACCUAGAGGCAUACAGGUCAUACCUGAACAUUUCAAAGAUUUCAAAUUUAAAGGCAAAGGACAUGAAAAAGAAGAUCUAGAUUUAGUGUUAAAGAAAUUAGAACACUGGGCAUAUAGACUCUACCCAAAGUUUCAGUUUGAAGACUGUCUGAAAAAGAUUGAAACUCUUGGCAAAAAGAGGCCUGUUAUGGUCCAUUUACACAAAAUCCGCACAGACCAGUUUUUGUCUGAAGAGACAGUAGUCCAAAAGGAUUCCAGUGAUGAGGAAACACAGCCGCCUCAGGAAGAGGAUGAGUUUGACAAGCUGUUGCAGCAGCAGAUUGACUUGGCUAGAGCUACACCUGCACCGGGAUCUGUGAAGAAAGCUAUGGCCACUCCUGCAACACCAUUACAAGACAGGUCACCAUUCACAAUGCCGAAAGCAACCUCAUCGCCGUCUAUAAGCGAUGAACAGAAAGAAAGAAUGAUUAGAAACAGGAAGCUAGCUGAAGAGAGACGCCUAGCAAGACUAAAACAGAACUCUAUGGAAAACACAAAACAAAACAAUGGCCCUAACAUCAGUGGAAUUGUUGAAGUUGAUGAAGAAGUUGAAAAUAAUGUUAUAACAAAGAAAAAUAACAGAUCAAAUGUUAUAGAUAGUUCUGAUGACGAGUGUGACGUCACUAAUGUGAAAGAAUCUGUUGUUGUCGAUGUACAUGGUUCAGGUCGGACUGAAGCUAAUAAAAACACUGAAGCUGAUGAUCUUGGUAAAGAGACUUGUAAAAAUGGAAAUGAUAUUGAAAUGGCAGAUGUUGAAGCGGACAAAGAAAUUAUUGUAGUCAAUGAUGGUGUUACGAGAGCCAAGCAAUAUUAUAAUGUAGUUGAAGAAAUUAUUGAUGAUGAUAUCAACAAAAAUGAUGCAACAAAAGACAGUGAUAUAAUCGUUUUAAAUGACGCUGGUAUAGUCAGUAAUAAACCAAUCACAAUAACGGACGAAAUCAUCGAAAUUAAAGAUCACACUGAAACUGUAAAAGAAGUAAAUGAUAAAAGAGAAGAGCUGAUUGUUUUGAAUGAUGAUGAAAAUAGUACAGACAUUACUGAGGAUGCCGAAAUCACGAAAGAUGAUAAUAAUGUUGGUGAUGUUAUUGAAAUAAAUGACGCAGUUACAACAGAAAUUGAAAAUAUUAUACCAGUUGUUGAAGAUAGUACGAAUAAUGAAAGUAAUAUAGAUAUAGAGGAUAGUUGUAAAUCAAAUGAAAGCCUAAAACAAAAUGUACAAGAAGAUUUGCCAUCAAAAAACACUGUUCAGGAAGUAGGUGGUUUAGAUACGAAUGCCAAAUUAACGGAAGCAGUGCUAGAUGAUAUGAUGGAUGUUGAUUUUAGUGAGGAUUUCUGA